AUGAGCAAGAAAGCCGCCGUUCCUGACGCCUGGGACGACGACGAUUGGAACACCAAAGCCGACCAAGAAGAUGCUGCUGCUGCUGCAGCUGAGGCUGCCAAUUCUGCGGACCACGUUAAGCUGACGAAGGCUCAGCGUCUUGCCCAACAUGCCGAAGCAAACAAGAAGAUCUGGCAAACUGCUGAGGAACCUGAAGUGCCCUAUUUCCUAGUUGCGCGCGAGGCCCAAGCCCCACCUCUCAAGCAAGAGUUCAAACCAGCACUGAGGGUCCUCAGCCGCAAGCCUACCCCCAGCAUGGUUCAGAAGGUUGACCCAGUCACUGGUCUAGCCAAAAUGACAAUGGAAGACGACGAGGAGGAAGAGGUGAGGCAGGACCAGCCUACUCAAGAGGAAUUGAAAGCACGAGCAGAGAAAGCCCGCCAGGAAAAGCAAAAGAAGUAUGAUGAAGCGCGUGCGAGGAUAUUUGUGACAGGUUCCGGGAGGUCAACGCCGGGGAUUGUAACGUCACCGACUGAGGAGGCUAGAUCUAUUCGAGGGAAAGGUAGGGGACGAGGUAACGGUCGACAAGAGAACUCUCGACCACAGAGCCAGUCAGGAUCUAAGGAACUGUUCGAUCCUAAUUCUGUUGCAAAAUCAGGAACCCAGAAACGCAACGGAGAGACAAGACGAUCAGGCACAUCCACACCCAAGGACGAGGAUCAAGUUAUUCGAGCACCUCGCGGACCCGACAGUAGCGGUAGGGGGUUCGGGAACAGAGGAGGGAGAAUGGGUUGA